AUGUCACCAGGACUAUACCACGACUCCGCACCCCCAGCCCCCAGCCUUGCCGAGGACGAAACAGACGACAUCCUCUACCUCUCCCGCACAAACGAAGCCACCGAGCUCUCCGCCUUCCUCACCGAGCUAUCCAUGAAAUACUCCUACCCACAAAGCGCCAUCCUAGCCGCAGCCGUAGACCCCGAAAGCAAAAACAACGUCCUGCACUACGCCGGCGCAAAUGGCCACGAGGACAUCCUCUGCCUAGUCAAGAACCUGUGCAACGACGACUCAAGCACUACUCUCCAAACCCUCAUCAACGCACCAAAUUUUUCGGGCAACACGCCUCUGCACUGGGCGUCUCUGAACGGCCAUGCCUCACUUGUCAACACGCUCCUCGACCUCGGCGCUGAUCCGAGCGCGUUGAAUAAUCUGGGUCAUGAUGCUGUCUAUGAAGCGGAGUCGAACGGGAAGAACGAGGUUGUGGAGCUGAUACUGCGGAAGAGCGGGGUGCUGGAGCAGGCGAUUGGGGGCAUAAAGGCUAUGGAGGGGGAGGCUAGUGGAUCGGGCGCGGCGGACGAGGAAGAUAUGGAAGUUGGAGAAGAGGAUGAAGAGGGUGGGAUCGGGCUUGAGGGGGAGGCACAUAGUAACGGUCACCAAGGCUCUACGGUUGGGACGGUUGCAGGGGAAUUUGAUGGAACGGAGGAAGUUCGCGCUGGUGUUGAGGCUAUUGAUGUGGAUACUGACGAGGUGGGCAGGGGGAAGGGGAAGGCUAGGGUUGGUGGGUGA